UUACAGUAUAUUAAAGCCACGACCACAUGGACAGUGUCAGGGAGAUGUUAGGUCCUGGUGACCCAGGGACCCCUGGGCCCGGGGCUACCCAUCAACAGAGUCCCUCUGGAGGGAUAAAGGUCGAACCAUCCAAGCUUCGUAAGGCUGACUCUAAACCUCGCUCUCAGAGACUGAGUCGAGAAGUCUAUGCUCUCCUGUACUCUGACAACAAGAGUGGAGGGGGACUAACGAACCCGCUGGUUCCCACGGAUACGGGGUCGGGAUAUCGACAGCCACGUGCUCGAUUGGGUCGCAAACAUGUUCGCCAAUGGAAGAGGUCAGAGUUCACCAACAGUGCCAGAGAGGAUGGACUAGUGUUAUCCCAUUGGGCACGUGCUGCGGACGAGGGGAAGCCAUACCCAUUUGCCAAGUUCAACAAGGGACUGGACACACCCACUUACACCGAGGAGGAGUAUACCACUCACCUGAGUGAGAUUGGCUGGAGUAAGGAGGAAACGGACCAUCUAUUCGAGUUAUGUCAGAGGUUUGAUAAUCGGUUUGUUAUUGUUCACGAUCGAUUUGAUGCUGACAAGUUCGCCAAGAGGUCAGUGGAGGAUAUGAAGGAACGCUACUACAGUGUCACCAACAGACUCACCAAGGUACGCUCCCCUGGCUGUGAUGAAGGACAACUGAUUGCCUACGAUGCUCCACACGAGACAAAGAGAAAAAUUCAACUGGAAAAACUGUUGGGGAGGACAUCUGAGGAGGUGGCUGAAGAAGAUCGACUGAUGGAAGAAAUGAAGAAAAUAGAACUAAGGAAGAGAGAGAGGGAGAGGAAGCAACAAGACCUCCAGAAGCUCAUCUCAGCAGCUGAACAGAACACUGACGGGACUAGGAAAUCUUCUACUAAGAAGGCCACACCCAGUGUCACUAAGAAAAUAAGAAGCAUGGGUACCCCUGGACAAACAAAGGUUGAGGGAUCAUCAGUGUUCAAAUCAUAUGACAAAAAUAGCGGAGUUUCUCUGAGGAGCAGUAAGCUCAAGACGCCCAUGUCCUUGGGUCAGAAGAAGAGCAAGGCUAUCGAGCAGCUACUGGAGGACCUUGGUGUUCCCUUGAGACCCAUACCCACUGAACAAAUAUGUGUCCAGUUCAACGAUCUACGGAAUGACAUGCUCCUCUUGCUAGACCUCAAGGCCGCCUGUGAUGUGUGUGAGUUUGACCUCCAGUCUCUCAAGCAUCGCUACGAGGGACUCCCCCCUGAUCAGCAGGCAAAGGUCACUCUGCCAGAUAUGGUGCCUAUGUCCACAAUAAAAAGACCUCUGUCUUCCAGCCUUAUUAUUGAUGUGGUGAGCUCUGCCGCCUCCAGUGGGCAACGUAAGAGACGACUGGCUGCCCUCGACUCUGUCAUUAAGAAACAAAGGAAAAACUGAAAAUCUCUUAUUACAUGCACUGAUGACUUCUGUAACUCAAGUUGAUAAUGAUCUAAUUGCUAUACAUGACAAUAUUUCAAUUAUA